AUGAAGCCUCUCGUCAUCAUCGCCGGCCUCUGCGCCACCACAAUCACUGCUCAGCAGUACCCCGAGUGCACCAGCGACCUCGUCAGGACCGACGACUGUGCCGAUGUCAUCAACCCAGCGGCAUGCUACAACCAGUUCCGCUGGAACGCGAGAACUCUCACAUGCAUCGAGGGAAUAGACGAUGCAGACCGGAAGCGCAAGGCCUGCGCAUGUUGCUCUUGUGUGGGAGCCGUCAUGUGCAACUGGGUGACUCAGAGUCGAUUCUGUGUCUAG